UACGCCCGCGGGAGGAAACGCAGCGCCUCAUUUUGAGCCCCGCAUGAAGGACAUAAAAGCCACAGCUGUUCACCCGGGUCUUUGAAAGAAAACUCUUUUGAGUGUCUGUACUGAGUGGAGGUGAGUCAUGGAGGAUGGGAAGCCAGUGUGGGCGCCCCACCCUACCGACGGGUUCCAGCUGGGCACGAUCAUUGACAUAGGAGCCGACACACUCACCAUAGAACCACUGAACCAGAAGGGGAAGACAUUUCUUGCUCCGAUAAGCGAAGUCUUCCCAGCAGAGGAUGAUGUCAACAAAUACGUCGAUGACAACUGUUCCCUCAUGUACUUAAAUGAAGCCACUCUUCUCAACAACGUCAGAGUGCGAUACAAUAAAGACCACAUCUACACAUUUGUGGCUAACAUCCUAAUAGCUGUUAAUCCUUACUAUGACAUACCCAAGCUGUACGGCCCCGAUGCCAUCAAGUCAUACCAAGGAAAGUCGCUAGGAACUCUGCCACCUCAUGUCUAUGCUAUAGCGGACAAAAGCUACAGAGACAUGAAGGUUUUGAAGAUUAGUCAGUCCAUCAUAGUUUCUGGAGAAUCUGGUGCUGGAAAGACAGAAAACACCAAGUUUGUUCUCAGAUAUCUGACAACAACAUAUGGAAGUGGUCAAGAUAUUGAUGAGAGAAUUGUAGAAGCAAAUCCCCUUCUCGAGGCUUUUGGAAACGCAAAAACAGUUCGCAACAAUAACAGCAGUCGAUUUGGAAAAUUUGUGGAAAUCCACUUCAAUGACAAGAAUGCUGUUGUGGGAGGGUUCGUAUCACACUACCUGUUGGAGAAGUCCAGGAUUUGCAUGCAGAGUAACGAGGAGAGGAACUACCACAUCUUCUACAGGCUGUGUGCCGGAGCCUCAAAGGACCUGAAGGAGAAAUUACACCUGGACUCUCCGGACAAUUUCAGGUACCUGAACCGAGGAUGCACCAGAUACUUUGCCAGUAAAGACUCUGAUAAGCAGAUACUGCAAAGCCGCAAGAGUUCUGAGCAUUUGAAGGUCGGCGCUCUGAAGGACCCCCUUUUGGACGAUCAGGGAGACUUCAACAGGAUGUGCGUGGCCAUGAAGAAGAUCGGUCUGAACGAUACGGAGAAGCUGGACCUUUUCAGGGUCGUCGCUGGCGUUCUGCAUCUGGGCAACAUUGACUUUGAAGAAACGGGGAGCUCAUCAGGUGGUUGUAUCAUAAAGAACCAGUCAAAUGAGACCCUGCAGUACUGUGCUGAGCUGUUGGGCCUGGACCAGGAUGACUUGCGCGUCAGCCUCACAACAAGAGUCAUGCUUACGACAGCAGGGGGCACCAAAGGCACAGUAAUCAAGGUCCCUCUAAAGGUGGAACAGGCAAACAAUGCCCGCGACGCCCUGGCCAAGGCAGUGUACAGCCGCCUCUUCGAUCAUGUGGUCCAACGAGUCAACCAGUGUUUUCCCUUCCAGACUUCCUCCAACUUCAUAGGCGUGUUGGACAUCGCUGGCUUUGAAUAUUUUGAGCACAACAGCUUUGAGCAGUUUUGCAUCAAUUACUGCAAUGAGAAGCUGCAGCAGUUCUUCAAUGAGCGCAUCCUCAAAGAGGAGCAAGAGCUGUACCAAAGGGAAGGACUGGGGGUGAAUGAAGUGCAUUAUGUGGACAACCAGGACUGCAUAGAUCUUGUGGAGUCAAAACUGGUAGGAAUCUUGGACAUUUUGGACGAAGAGAAUCGUCUUCCUCAGGCCAGCGACCAACACUUUGCUCUGGCUGUUCAUAACAAACACAAAGACCACUUCAGACUGACGGUUCCCAGGAAGUCAAAGUUGGCUGUUCACAGGAACCUUCGGGAUGAUGAAGGGUUUAUAAUCAGGCACUUUGCAGGAGCCGUCUGCUAUGAAACGACUCGGUUCGUGGAGAAGAAUAAUGAUGCCCUCCACAUGUCCUUGGAGAGUUUGGUGAGCGAAUCAAAAGACAAAUUUGUGCGGGAGCUGUUUGAGAACAACACCUCCAAGGACUCCAAACAGAAGGCAGGGAAACUGAGCUUCAUCAGCGUUGGGAACAAAUUCAAGACUCAGCUGAACCUGCUGCUUGAGAAACUUCGCAGCACUGGCUCCAGUUUCAUCCGUUGUGUGAAACCCAACCUCAAGAUGGUGAGCCACCAGUUUGAAGGAGCUCUGAUCCUCUCACAGCUGCAGUGUUCAGGAAUGGUGUCCGUGUUGGACCUGAUGCAGGGGGGGUUCCCCUCCAGGGCCCCCUUCCAUGAGCUCUACAACAUGUACCAGGCAUACAUGCCAGAUAAACUUACGCGCCUGAAUCCGCGACUCUUCUGCAAGGCUUUGUUUAAAGCGCUGGGCCUAAAUGAUAAUGACUUUAAGUUUGGAUUGACCAGAGUGUUCUUCCGCCCAGGAAAGUUUGCCGAGUUUGACCAGAUCAUGAAAUCUGACCCAGAACAUCUGGCUGAGCUGCUGCAGAAGGUCAACAAGUGGCUGCUGUGCAGCUGCUGGAAGAAGGUCCAGUGGUGCAGCCUGUCAGUCAUCAAACUCAGAAAUAAAAUGAGUUACAGAGCCAUGGCCUGCAUUAAGAUUCAAAAGACUGUCCGCAUGUGGUUGUGUAAGAAGAAGCAUAUGUCAAGGAUCCAUGGGAUGAUAAAAGUUCGAAAACUGAAGAAACACAUGGAGCACGUUAACGAGGUGGUAAAUGUGUUGAAGGAGGGAAAACAAGAGAUGACCAAACAAGUUCAAGAGCUGGCCGCCGCCAUUGAUGCUCUGUUAGCAAAGAUGAGGGCCACGAUCAUGACCUGGAAGGAGAUCGACACGGAGUACCAGGGUCUGGUGAAACGCUCCGAACAGCUGCUUUCCUCUAUCAAGAAGAAGAAGCAGGAAGAGGACGAGACAGAGAGGUUGAAACGCAUCGAGGAGGACAUGGAGAACGAGAGGCUGAGGAGGGAGCAGGAAGAAGUGCGACGUCAACAAGAGGAAGAGGACAGAAGACUCAAAGCAGAAAUGGAACUGAAGAGGAAGCAGGAAGAGGAAGACAGAAAGAAGAGGCAGGAGGAAGAAAAGGUUAUUCAGGCUAAGCUGGAAAAGCAGAUGGCUCUGGAGAGGGAGGAACAGGCCCAGAAUGCCGCCGUGUUGGAGCAGGAGAGGAGAGACCGAGAGUUGGCCAUGAGAAUCGCUCAGAGCGAGGCUGAGCUCAUCAGUGAGGAGGGCCAGGGAGAUCCAAGCCUGCGCAGGGGUCCUCAGGUGCAGGCGACCAAAGCUGCCGCCGGUGUGAAAAAGUACGAUUUGAGCAAGUGGAAGUACGCCGAGCUGCGAGAUGUCAUCAACACUUCCUGUGAUAUUGAGCUGCUGGCUGCCUGCAGAGAGGAGUUUCAUCGUCGUUUGAAAGUCUACCAUGCAUGGAAGUCCAAGAACAAGAAACGUGAUGAUGACGGAAGUGAUCUGAGGGCUCCUAAAUCGAUCACCGACUAUGCUGAACAAAACCCGGCUCCCCCGACGACGACCCAGCAUCAGGAAGUUGCAAUGAACCGCCAGCAGCGUUAUUUUCGCAUUCCUUUCAUCCGACCCGCUGACCAGUACAAGGACCCCCAGAAUAAAAAGAAGGGCUGGUGGUACGCCCACUUUGAUGGGCCGUGGAUCGCCCGACAGAUGGAGCUUCAUCCAGAUAAACAACCCAUUGUUUUGGUCGCAGGCAAAGACGAUAUGGAGAUGUGCGAGCUGAGUCUGGAGGAGACGGGUCUGACCAGGAAGAGAGGGGCGGAGAUCCUUCCCAGGCAGUUUGAGGAAAUCUGGGAACGCUGCGAUGGGAUUCAGUACCUGAAGAAAGCCAUAGAGAACAAGCAGGCCCGUCCCACGUACGCCACCGCCAUGCUGCAGAGCCUCCUCAAGUGAACCAGAGAAACACACUGCACAAUCAUGCACGGUGACCUGGUGGUACAUUUGAUGUGUCUUAAGAUACUCAAACAAUCCUAUUGGUGUUCAAUUCUCCAAAACAUCUUCAUGUUGUUUAUUUGUUUAUAUAUAUAUAUAUAUAUAUAUAUAUAUAUAUAUAUAUAUAUAUAUAUAUAUAUAUAUAUAUAUAUAUUGCAGUGCAACAAUUUAACUGUGUAGCAAUUGUGCUGAGUCUUUUGUGAUCUAUGCAUGAAUUUUUAAUCCCGCUGAGGCCUUAAACUGCAAUAAUGCUGCACCACAGAAGCCUUAAUCACUUUAUCCUUUUCUAGCUGUUAACCUGAAACCUCAUGAGCACACCAACCAGUUAGACAGAAUUAUUUUAACUGUGUUCAACUGUCAACCAUUAAAUCGUGUCUCUGUUUGGAUCAAACUGAAAUUCUGGCAUUUAUUUCUUCACAUGAAUUCAGACAAAAACCAGGUCAUACCUGGUGAAAUACGUGAUUUUAAUGUAAUAGUUUGAUCUUUGUUACAGAAUUAAAGCAACUAAUUGAUGGACAAGACAACCAGGUGGAUAGAAAGGCAAUAAGGUCUUUGAGUCGUUAUUUCUGACUAAAUACUUUGACUCUUAACUCUUGGAAUUCUUGAAAAGAGUGAGUUUUUAUUAUUUUUUUUUUUUUGUAUUGUUGACUGGUUUGUUAGAGGGAAAUGUUUUCAUGUUUGCAGUUUUGUGGGUAUCAAAUUGUUUUUCAGAUGAUAAUGUGAUUUCUGUGUGUGUGUGUGUGUGUGUGUGUGUGUGUGUGUGUGUGUGUGUGUGUGUGUGUGUGUGUGUGUGUGUGUGUGUGUGUGUGUGUGUGUGUGUGUGUGUGUGUGUGUGUGUGUGUGUGUGUGUGUGUGUGUGUGUGUGAAACAUUAAAUUAAGUUAAACACUUGACCACUUUGUUGAUUAAAUCACAAAAUCGUUAUUUAUCAAGACAACUUUCAGUCAGACUCUUAUAGAAAAUCUGUUCAUCGCAGCUAUACUCACUGUCAGAAACUCCAUAUAUAAACGUCUGUUCUAUGAUGGCCUUUGUUCUGAAAUAGAGCAGAAAAUAAAAGUCUCUGAAAAGUG